CCCAAACGGAUCGGCCUACGCCGUACUGUGACACAUGUGAUCUAAAAUGGCCCCGACCACCGACAGUGUCUCGUCAAUUUUUGAAGGGUGGGAGAAAUGGCAAAUAGCUUUAGCUGUCGGUGCGCCUAUAGGAUUGGGUUUAGCGGGACUUUGGUUUUAUUCGAGAUCCAAACAGCCUGGAGGCAAUGACAAUGCAAAUUCGAAACCGAAAGUUGACGAAAUAAGGCCCACGAAGGUCAAUACAACUGAGACAGCCCCUUUCCCUGCUCCUGGCGUCCCGAGAGCAGCAGAAAAGUCCACACUAGAUAAAUCUAAGAGUGACCCAUUAGCCAAGGCAGUUGAAAUGAAAGAACUUGGUAACAAAGCUUUUAAGAAUGGCAAAUAUGACGAAGCUAUAAAGUUUUAUACACAGGCCAUUGAGCAGUGUCCACCAGAAAGAGAGAAUGAUCUGUCAACCUUCUAUGCAAACCGGGCAGCAGCCUAUGAAAAAUUGAAAAGCCCUAGACAGGUUAUUGAUAACUGCACAGAAGCCAUAAAACUGAAUGGUCGCUACCUAAAGGCCAUCAACAGGCGUGCGCAAGCUGCUGAAGAAAUUGGAGAACUACAGAUGUCUCUGGAAGAUGCGACUGCCGUGUGCAUGCUGGAGGGCUUCCAGAAUCCUCACACUCUCACCAUGGCUGACAGGGUGCUCAAGGCUCUCGGCAAGGAAAAGGCAAAGGCAGAAUUGAAAAAAAAGAAGAAAUGUAUGCCAUCAAAACACUUCAUCAAGUCUUAUUUUGCUUCAUUUACCCAAGAUCCAGUGCAAAGCAUUGGCAAAGAGAACACAGUGGAGGAAGAGAAAAUCUUGAACAUUCCUACGCCUGAUGAUUCUGGACAGCAGACUGGUUCCAUUCCAGAAGAAAAUGGUCAUGUUUCUGGAGAGGUAUCUGAGACAGGUGAUAACCAGCCCAAUAACCAUGACGAUCAGUCAACUCCAGUAGCAAACCUGGUCACAUGUAAAAGCAGUGUAUUCAGAAAGGCUGUACAGUGCCUUAAAGAAGGCGACUACGAGCACAUUAUUCCACUUUGCACUGAUGAGAUCUGCAUUACCCCACCCACCCACUUCCAGCAGCUGGCCCUGUUGCUAAGGGGAACAAUGUUCCAGCUCACCGCCCAGCCCACAGCGGCGUUUGCAGACUUUGAGCAGCUGCUUGCUGUAGAAAACCUUGAUAAAAAGAUAAAAGUGAACGUACUGAUAAAACGUGGCAGCUUGUACAUAAGUCUAGACCAGCGAGUCGAAGGCAUGAACGACUUUGCUCAUGCCACCAGAGUGGAUCCUAGCAACAGCGAUGUAUAUCACCACAGGGGACAUCAAAAUAUACAGAUUGACCGAUUAGAAGAUGCAAUAAAAGACUUUGAUCAUAGUAUUUCAAAGAAUCCGGACUUCCCAAAUGCAUAUGUUCAGAAGUCCUAUGCCGAACAUCGUAGGGCUGCGGCAGAGCAGAGCACCACAAAGCUAGAGCAGGCAAUCAAAUCCUAUGAAAAACUACUGAAAAAGUUCCCAAACAACGCUGACGGGCAUGCACUUUAUGCUCAGGCACUAUGUGAUCUGGGCAGAUUUGAAGAAGCUCACAGUGAAUUUGAGACCGCUAUCAGACUGGACCCAGACAAUGCCAACUCAUUGGUCCAGAAAGCGUUACUGACCCUGCAGUGGAAGCAGACUGACAUCAAGGAGCCUGUGUCCCUCAUCAAGGAAGCCAUCAAGCUGGACAGCAAGUGUGAAUAUGCUUAUGAAAUACUGGGCACCAUUGAGGUGCAAAAGGGAGACAUGGUAGGUGCGAUGCGGCAUUUUGAGGUGGCCAUAGAGCUGUGUCGUACAGAGGCCGAGCUAUCCCAUCUCUUCUCAUUGCUCCAUGCUGCCAAGGCUCAGUUGAAAGCAGCAGAAAUGCUCGGCAUACCUCUGCCCAAAGACUUCUCACCCAUGUAGUCCAAACAGACCCAUAUUCAAUUAUUGUGAUUGUGUGUACUAUGGUAUAUAACGAAAUAUCUAGAGUGGAAUACUUGUAGUGUGGUGCAGCAGUGUGGCCUAUUCACUGUUGACAUACUGGGCGGGUCAACAAAUCAGAUGAGCCGUGUUCUGGGAUAACUGGGCGUAAUGCAUGUACAUAGAGUGUAGCCCCUGAUUUGCCUGACAGGAUAAUCACAGACAACACUUUCCAGCUUAACUGGAUUUUCUUUUAAAGAAGACUUCAUAUAAACGAAAAAAACAUAAAUUUGGAAAGUGUCUUCCCUGAUUAGCUUGUGUGGCCUGCGCUGGUUAAGCUGGCAUGACACUAAAGGACAUGAUAUGUUGUAUAUCUUGUUUAUAUUUAUAAUAUUCUAUAGUGAACAAAUUGCCAUGGCUGAAUGAUCUUCAUUUGAAGUAUUUUUAACAUCAAACCAUAGAUUACCCAUUAUUUUAAAGAAAAAAAGAGCAUGAAAGACUCACAAAUCAAUUCUUUGGACUUGGGGGUAUGAGAAUGAAGAAUAUUCUAUAACAUGCGUUUAUUUUACAAGGGACUGAAGUUUAAUUUCAGCGGAUAUUCACCUAUGUUAAUUAAAAAAAAUAUAUUAAGAAAGACUCAUUGGUAUACAUGUAAAAAAAAAUUAAUAAAUGUCUUUUUGGGGAGAAAAAUACUUAUAUACAGGAAUGUGGGUCCAAUUAACAGCUUUCCAGCCUGGAUCAAUGCCUACUAACAUGUAUGAAUUGUUUGUUUGGGUAUGAUGUUAUAUAUGGUAUGUAAUGUAAUCAUCUGUUUGGAUCAAUGUUUGAUUUGUUCUAAUAAGACAACUAACUGUAUAUGUGUAUGUGACCAAUAUUACUCCAACACACGAAUAAACUUCGUUUGUGGGGGUUUAAUUAUCCUAGUAACACAAUCAACCUCAUCUAUUCCCAUGAUCCUUAAAAAACUUUACCACAUAGAUAUGUAUUUGUACGUAUUAGUAAGAAAUGUAUUUAAUUAAAUGUAACUUUCUAAGGGACUACGUCAAAAUGCGUAUCUAAGGGUUAAAAAAAUGGCUUAAGUCCUGUAAGGAUUAUAAGACAUGUCAUAUUUUUGGUUUGACCUAAAGAACAUUUUGUGUGAUGAUAAGUUUUUAACCUUUGUUUUAAUUCUAAAAAAUCGGGUAAAUGAACAUUUACAUUUUGCAAUUGAUUGUUACAUACAAUUUGUGUUGCUGAAUUUUGCUUUGUGUAUGUGUGUGAAAACACAUGUAUGAUGUCUGCUCACGUAUUGUGGAUAUUCCAGACUGUAUUGUAGUGGAAGUGUCAAAUUCUCUUGGAUACAUGUAUGUCACCAACAUUUCAUCUUGGUAAUGAGUUUAUAGCUUGUAAAUGUGUGUUCUGUUCAUGUUAAGUGCUUAAUUUAAGCAUCCUUUAAAGUGAUAUGAUAUUCAGCCAAGUUUUUUUAAUUGGAUGAUAGUUUUUGUCAAAGUCUCUUACUGUUAUUCUUAUAUCAGUUUAGUUUGCUCAUAAUUGCAUCAUUAAUUGUGUUGCAAUAUUUUCUUAGCUAGUGUAUCUGUAUAAGAUUAAUGUGUAUUUGUACUACAUUUAUACAACUUGUUUAAAUCAAUAUAAUGAGUUGAAUGUGUACUUUUAUAGUGGUUGUUUUUUGAGGGAAUAAAAGACAAAAACAGAUUGAUUUAUUAAGUGCAUAUGUGAUUUACAUGAUAUGAUUUACAUGAUAUAAAUAAAUGUUCUUAAAAAUUGAUGUGAUCAAUUUCUAGAGGUUGAAUGGUCAACUGCAAAAUCUGCCUAAACUUGAUAUAACAGGAAUUUUGUGUCAAUCUCUGUUGAGAUCAUAUAGAAUGGUAAAUUUAAAUAUAUUGACAGGCAUAUGUCUGGUUGUUGUAAAGCAUUCCGGUCAAAAGAUAUCAUUUUAUGGGAAAAUUAGCACGAAAUAUAUCAGCAGUGCACUGUAUAGCGGGUUUAAUGCAUGUGCGUAAAGUGUCGUCCCAGAUAAGCCUGUGAAGUUUGCACAGGCUUAUCAGGAAUGACACUUUCCACAUAAACUGGAUUUUUGCUAGGAAGUGACUUUCUUUAUAUUAAAAAAAUCAUAAAAGUGAAAGUGUCAUCCCUGAUUAGCCUGUGCAAACUGCACGGGCUUAUCUGGGAUAACACUUUACACAUGUACAUUAACAGCCCACUUCUCAGAGCAUGACUCAUAUAGUGAAUAUAUUAAUACAUAUGUAUACCCUGAUACAUUCAAAAAGCAUUUUUUUUUAUGUGGUCAGAACAAGCCGGAAGACAUUUCUUUAUCGAUAGAAAUUGACAGUUUUGUCAGUUGCUUAGAUAUGCUCCUGUAAAUAAAUAAUCCUGGUAUUUCCUCCAAGCUCUUGAUAAUGUUUAUAAUGUCCACUGUUAAAAACCACACAAGUCAUUGCUACUUAUGUAUGAAAAAAAUUGUGUGCCAAAGAAUACUGCUCCUUUUAAUUCACAAUAGACAUAUAAGGCUUUAACAUUGGCUUUAACCUUCUUAAUACUGAUAAUUCAAAUUUAAGGUCACAUUCAACCGAUAUAUUUUAGUCAUUCUAAUUUAGGUGAACAUUAAACAAGUGUAUUUUAGUCAAUCUAAUUUAAGAUCACACUGAACAUAUAUACAUUUGUGAAUUGUAGUAAUUCUAAUUUUUGUUCAAAUUUAACAGGUUUAUUUUAGUCAUUCUCAUUUAAGAAGUUCACAUAAAAAGUUUUAUUUUCGUAACUCUUAUUUAAAAAGUUCACAUUUGACAGUUUUAUUUUAGUAACAUUAAGAAGGUCACAUAAACAGGUUUAUUAUAAUGAUGGAAAUAUUAAAAAAAUAGGGACCAGAGAACUACUUUUAAACGUUGACUUUGAAUGAACAUGGUUCAUUAUGAAGUUCUUGCUUAUUUUAUUGUAGAUGGGAACACAAUUAUGUUGCUAAGUAUUGAGACAAAUAGCAUAGAAAAGAGUUUGCAAUCACAGGACAUGAAAUAAAAUAUAGUUUCAAAUGCAAAAUUAUUGGUCAUAUUUUAUAAUCAUCAUGAUUAUCCUAUAACCAUUGUUUUUCAACAAAUAAGAAACAACACUGUCAUUCUGGUGGCAAUGCUAUUUAAUUAACCACACAGGCAAAGUUCUGCAAGGUUAAUUCCUUUGAAUCAGAACUCCAAAUCAUUUUAAGUUGCUGAUUAAAAAUGAAAAAAUAAA